GCCAGCCAUACCCAAAGUUAUGCAGCAAGCCGCAGGCGAGGACACGCAUAUCGAUGGCCACGUGGCGGCGCAUACUAGCCAGGAACACAGAUGAGUUCUGUCGCAACACGACUAUACAUGGCCUUAAGUAUAUCAAUAAUGGGAACUUACGCAAAAGCGACAGAGUAUUUUUUGGUGUCGCAAUGCUGGCGGUUGUCGGCAUGGCCGCUUACCUCAUACAGGACGCCUUCGACAAGUGGAACACCACACCGGUGAUAGUGGGCAUUGAUCCGGAGCUGACGUACAUCACAAAUGAGCCAUUUCCCGCCGUCACCAUUUGCAAUCUAAACCAGGCCCUGGCCAGCAGGGUCGCGAUCCUCGGCAAUGACACGGCCGCUUAUGCGAUGCUGCAGAUUUUGUGCCGUCGCAGUGUGAAUGUGCAGCGGGUCAGCGAUGGUCGAGCCAACUGGGAGGAGUUCAUAAUGAAUAUAUCGCAGCCAUGCCAAUCGAUGGUCAUCGGCUGUCGCUUCGGCGCCGACGACUAUGAAUGUGCGAGAAUGUUCUAUCCAAUUGUCACCGAUGAGGGCCUGUGCUGUGUAUUUAAUAUGCUGCAUCCACGCUUCAUGUACAAACGCAGCGCUUUGUUCUCGCAACGAAAUCUGACCCUACCCAAGGAAUUCCAGGCUGUCAAUUGGCAUGCGGAGCUGGGAUACAGGCGGGGCGACAAGUAUCCGGGCAGUCUGCUGUAUCCGCGCCCAGCCCAGGGCACAGGCGAAUCCCUGGGCCUGUCUCUGACGCUGGACGUGCAAGCCGAUGCCUACUACUGCUCCUCAUCGAGCAGCAUUGGCUUCAAGGUCGCCCUGCACAGUCCCAACGAGUCGCCCAAUGUGCGCGAGACGGGCGUCCUGCUGGCACCCGGCAUGGAGACCAAGCUCCGCAUCGAUCCGGCCAAGAUUCGUACGGAAAAUCAUCUGCGACGCGUGCACCGCAAAUACAGGCGCUGUCUGUUCCGCAAUGAGCUGAAGCUGCGUUGGUUUGCCCAUUACACGCAGCGCAACUGCGCCGCCGAAUGCGUGUCGGGGCUGCUGCUCCGCCACUGUGGCUGUGUCUCAUUCUACAUGCCGCGCCUGCACCGCAACGACACCAUCUGCUCUGUGGGGCAGCGGGAGUGCGUGCAGCGGAUACGUUUGGGUACGAUUGAGGCAAUGGAGUCCUGCCUGGACGAGUGCCUGCCCAGCUGCUUCGAUCUGAACUUCAACACGAUAACCUACUCGACGAAGAUCUCGCACGAUGGCUUCGACGUGACCAAUCCGAAUGUCAGUCUCAACUUCACCGACGCCUAUGUGGAGCGCAACGUGGCGGUGGUAAAUAUGUACUUUAAGGAUCAGACCUACCGGGCCAGCAAGCAGACAGAGUUUAUUGGCUUCUCGGACUUUCUGUCUAAUGUUGGUGGCCUGAUGGGCCUGUUCCUGGGCUUCAGUUUCCUCUCCAUAGCCGAGUGUGUGUACUUUGCGUUGAUACGACCCUGUCGCACCUGCUCCGAACUGAGAAAACAGCAGCCGACGACAGGAGCAACAGCAGCGAUGUCCAGCCAUGCCCAUGUCCAGGCAAAUAGAGUUUUUGUUCCACGAAACAUAAAUUAUAUUUCACCAUCCAAAUGGUUUCAAACCGAGUUGGCUCGUCCUAGGGGGCUCAACUACAACUACAAUCAUCAUCCGGCUUAGGCCUAAAUAUUACAACUAAAUUCUAGACUAGAUCAAAGUGCUUGGUGACGGUGUCGUUCUUGGCCAGCGCCAAAGUCUUGGUGUUCUCGUAACUCAGCAUAUACUGCUUGGCCUUGCUCUUCAAUAGGUCAUCAAAAAUCUGCAAG